CAGAGGAACGUUGCAGAAGUGAAUCUUCUACAGGGCCUCCUGUUCUAAACUUGUAGAAGAGGGACUCUUUGGACACGGAACACAUCACUGAUGAAGUGACUGCUGUUGUCAUGAAGCCCUCUCUCCAGGUCAAACAACAGGAACAGAUGGUCUUCCCACUGGACUCUACAAGAACUCCUGGAGUGCUGAUUUCACUCAUACCAGUGGUCCAGGCUGAAGCAAGCAGCAUACAGAAGGUCAUCGGCAUGUACGGCGAGACCAUCAAGGUGCCAUGCAACAACGGCGACAACAAGCCAGAAGAUCUGAUGUUCACCAAAUGGAAACAUUUGCGUGAGAACAGCACGUCAGGAGAUAUCUUGGUCAAGCAGCAUCAGAAGGAAGAAGCAAAGAUCACAGCCACUGAUGGCUAUAAGGACCGCGUUAGCAUCGGGCCGGACUCCAGCCUGCUAAUCAAAAACGCGAUCCUUGAUGACCAGCGAGUCUUCACCUGCUUGUUGGUCUCCAUGAAUAAUGUCAACGAAUACCCUGUCGAAGUGGAAGUGCACAAGAGACCAUCAGCACCUGAAUUCAGGAACAAGGCGAGUCAGCUGGACGACGGAAAACUGACGCCGCUGGGAGAAUGUGUAGCUGCCAGCGCAAACCCCCCAGCAGAGAUCAUCUGGGAGAAGAAUAACAAGCCUCUAGUGGCAGACAACAAGUUGAUCAUUGUCCAUACCUCUGUGAAGAAGGACCCAACCACCGGUUUGUCCACCACAACCUCUCAGUUGCAGUACACAGCAGGGAAACAGGAUGCGACCUCAAAGUUUGCUUGCGUUGUUAAACAUGUGUCCGGCCCUGACCAGAUAUCUGCACCCGAAAACUUCAGCAUCCACUGGAGUCCUAAAGCUGUGGUGUCCAUAAAGCCUCAUACACAUGUGUUCAUUGGAGAGAUUGUUACUCUGAGAUGUGACAUACAGGGAGGAGGAAACACUCAGUGGACUUACAGCUGGAAUAAAGAUAAUAACAAACUCUAUUCAGAUGGAAAUAAGAGAUAUUUCAUAUACACAAUGCAAGGGUUCAGAAUCUGGUCUGUUGAAGACUCUGACAGUGGAACCUACACCUGCAGAGGACAUAGGGGAUACUCUCAGAGCUCAGAGAUCAGUAAUGAUGUUACACUGACUGUAUCAGUAAAACCCAAACCGACUGUGAGAGUGAAUCCUCAGAGCUCCGUCUACACUGGAGACACCGUCACUCUGAGCUGUGAGCUGCAGCAGGGGACUGGAUGGGAGUUUUACUGGUACAAAAAUAAUCAGCUGUUACAGAAUCUGAACAGUGAACAAGUGAACACACUUAAAGUGACAGUCAAUAAUGCAGGAGAAGCAGAGUACACGUGUGUAGCACGCAGGAGAUACUACUACAACUCCUACUACUACUUCACAGAGUUCAGUGAUCCUGUCAAGAUUACAGUGAGAGUAAAACCCAAACCGACCGUGAGACUGAAUCCUCAGAGCUCCGUCUACACUGGAGACACCGUCACUCUGAGCUGUGAGCUGCAGCAGGAGACUGGAUGGGAGUUUCAAUGGUACAGAAAUAAUCAGUUGUUACAGAAUCUGAACAGUGAACAAGUGAACACACUUAAAGUGACAAUCGAUAAUGCAGGAGAAACAGAGUACACGUGUUGGGCACACAGGAUAAACAACUACAACUAUUACAUGACACAGUUCAGUGAUCCUGUCAAGAUUAAAGUGAGAUCGAGACCUAAACCAGUCGUAUACAUAAAUCCUGAUAAUCAGGUGUUCAGUGGAGACACCGUCACUCUGAGAUGUGACAUACAGGAUGAAAGUGUCUCUAGCUGGCAGUACAGCUGGUAUAAAGAUACUUCACACAGACCUGUCAGUAGUGAACAGGUGUACAGUAUCAGUGGUGUUGAAGUGACCCACACAGGUACAUACACCUGUAGAGGAACAGAGAGAGGAGGCUCACGCUCCUCACACUCCAGUGAUGUUAUUACACUGACUGUAUCAGAGAGACCACAGGCAGUACUGAGUGUAUCUCCACACAGCUGGCUGACUGAAGGAGACUCAGUGACUCUAAGCUGUGAGGUUACAGACUCCUCUACAGACUGGACAUUCAGCUGGUACACAGUUGUUCCCUACAGAGACGGAUUAACUGGAAUAAAUAAUAAUCGUGGCUAUAUUGUGUAUGUGGAGCUCCUCUCAGACAGCAGCAGAGGAUCUGGAGGCAAAUACACUCUCAGUCCUGCUGCUCUUAAACACACAGGAGUUUAUAUGUGCAGAGGAGAGAGAGGAGAACCAGCCCUUCACACACAGUACAGCAAUCUACAGCCACUAUGGAUCAUUGGUGAAUCUCCUCCAGUCUCUCUGAUCAUCAAUCCCAGCAGAACUCAACACUUUACUAAUGACUCUCUCUCACUGAGCUGUGAGGACCAGAGUAAGUCUACUGGAUGGACAGUGAGACGAUACACACACAGUGAGAGAGUGUUAGAUUGUUCACACUGGGGAUCAGUUACAGGAUCUACAUGUAACAUCAGCUUCCUCUCCACAUCCUACACUGGAGUUUACUGGUGUGAGUCUGAAUCUGGAGAAAACAGUAAUCCUGUCAACAUCACAGUGCAUGAUGGUGAUGUGAUCCUGGAGAGUCCUGUCCAUCCUGUGACUGAGGGACAUCCUCUGACUCUACGCUGUUUAUAUCACAACCCAAAUCCCUCAAACCUCCGAGCUGAUUUCUAUAAAGAUGGAUCAGUUCUCCAGAACCAGACUACAGGAGAGAUGAUCAUCCAAACUGUCUCAAAGUCAGAUGAAGGUUUCUACCACUGUGAACACCCAGAGAGAGGAGAGUCACUGAAAAGCUGGGUCUCAGUCAGACGCCCAUCACCUGUAGAAGCUCCAUUCUCAGUGCUCAUGCUGAUCUGUAGUGUGGUGACGGCCUCUCCGUAUCUGCUGGUGACCAUCAUUCUGCUGCUCAUAUGUUACAGAGCUCGAGGUCACACUGAUGAAGACAGGAUUAAGAAUGCAGUUAUAGAGUGAGAAAAGUUAUAAAAAGUAAUCUAUAAAAAGAAUAAACAUUUACUGAAAAAGAUCAUUUCAGAAUUUCUUUUUCUUUAUGGUUUUGUGUGGAUUUUAAAAUAAUACUGAUUUGUCAUUUUAAUGUCCUGCUGUUAUUUGCUUAGUGUCUUCUAGACACCGUCACUGUUCUGAAUGGAUUUAUUUAGUUAAUGUCUGCAAACCUCCUCAUGAAUGAAGGUCAAUGUGUGUAAUCUCCAAUAAAGCUUACAGUCUGUUAAAACAAUAGUAAAAACUGAGAAAUAUUACUUUAAUAAAACACAAAGUUUUUGAGAAAAAAAAAAGCUGGAAACUAGCAUCAUUGGGGGAUGUAAAGACUAAUAGGUUUGUUUAAUUGUGUUGUGUUUUCUCAAUAUAAAUUCUACCACUUCUGUAUUUGUACUGCUGUGUUUUCUAUUUCUUGAGAUUUUCUCUAGUUGAAUAUUUAGUUGUAGACUUACAAUCUCAGUUAGAUGCUGUUAUGUUUCAGUUGUGUGAACUUUAAUUGUUGUGUGAGGAGAUUUAUGGAUGAAAUGUUGAUCAAUUAAAUAAAUCCAUCAUGAUCAAUUCACUGCUGUUAAA